CUGCUUGUUCCUUUUCCGCAGGAUGCCGAACUGGGGUGGAGGGAAGAAGUGUGGCGUGUGCCAGAAGGCCGUGUACUUCGCUGAGGAGGUGCAGUGUGAAGGCAACAGCUUCCACAAGUCCUGCUUCUUGUGCAUGGUCUGUAAGAAGAACUUGGACAGCACCACUGUUGCUGUGCAUGGAGAAGAGAUCUACUGCAAGUCCUGCUAUGGCAAGAAGUACGGUCCCAAGGGCUAUGGAUACGGACAGGGAGCAGGGACCCUGAGCACGGACAAGGGCGAGUCUCUGGGAAUCAGAUAUGAAGAGGGCCAGCCACACCAACCCAACUUCUCCGGAAUGACCCAGAAACCAGCAGUUCCUGGUGGAUGCCCUCGCUGUGGUCAAGCUGUGUAUGCAGCUGAGAAGGUGAUUGGAGCUGGAAAGUCCUGGCACAAGUCCUGCUUCCGUUGUGCCAAGUGCGGCAAGAGCCUGGAAUCCACCACCCUGGCAGACAAAGAUGGGGAGAUCUAUUGCAAAGGCUGCUACGCCAAGAACUUUGGGCCCAAGGGCUUUGGCUUCGGGCAGGGAGCUGGGGCGCUCAUCCACUCGCAGUGAGGCACCCCGGGCCCGGCACUCUGCGCGCUCUGGCUUGUCCGGACCAGUCUUUGCUGCCUGACCCUUUCUGCACUCGCAGUGAGCACCCUUAUAGCAAUCAAUAACUGCCUGCUGCUUCACAGCACGAGUUCAUUCCUCUCUGAUCUGACCCAGUGCUCUCUGAAGCCAUGGGGGUCCCUCCAUCGGCCUC